CGCAGGAUCUGCUGUUGGCAGCAGCGUUUGUCUCCGAUGCACAGCACAACAGAAACAUUCCUUUCAAGACCUCCCCGGAGGCGGUCAGGCUUUAUUACCUCUACAACCACUGGAUCAUGCGAACAGCCACCUACUUCUUCAUCUUUCUUAAUUUGUCCCUUGCAAUGUUUGAAGAACCUGCUGUGUAUCCACUCCCCUUCCUGGUCACAUCUCUGGUCGAGGUCUUGUGCCUUCUGGUAUUCCUUGGCCGACUGACACAUUUUGCAAGUGUCACCCCUCCCAAUGUGUUUUGGAAGGACACCAAGAAUAUCUGCAUCAUGGUGACAAUCCUGUUAUCCCUAACUGACUUGGCCAUAUGUGGGGCCCUCAGGAUAUACAACAUAAAGAGCAUUCGAUGGUCAAGAAUUGGGAGGCCCAUCUUCCUGAUCAACUUCGCAGAGAGUCGCCAGAUUCGGAGAGCCUUCCGCAGCAUCCGCAACACACUGCCAGAGAUCACCUACGUCUUCCUGUUCUUCAUGUUUAGCCUUCUCAUGUUCUCCCUCAUGGCCUUGAAGCUGUUUGGUGAGAGGAAUCUCCAGACAGCAGAAGGCUUGCCGUAUUUCAAAAACUACCUAGAAAUUGUGUUUGACCUCUACGUGCUGGUGACAACAGCAAACAGCCCGGAUGUCAUGAUGCCAGCAUUUGACUUCAGCUCAUGGUAUGCCCUGUUCUUCAUUGCCUUUGUCAUCGUCAACACUUACAUCUUCAUGUCACUCUUCCUGGCUGUUGUGUACAAUAACUACAAAAAACACUUGAAGAAUGAGAUCCGCAAACUUGCUUACAUGAAGCGCCGCAAGAUGGUAGAGGCAUUCAACCUCCUGAAGGAAGAGGAAGGAGCACAGUUUGUGGUCAGAGAAGCCCGGUGGAAGCAGCUGGUCAAGCUGGUGGCUCCUGAUAUCAGCAACUCCCACCGAGAACUGCUGCUACACAUCUCUGAUGAUGAGCAGAAGGGUUUCAUUGACAAGAAGUCCUUUGUCCAGCUGGCAGACCUCCUCAACAUCCAGGUGAUCACCCUGAAAAUCCGCAGCCAUCCGCUGGGGCAGUGGCUGCCUGGGCUCUACCAGUCUGCUGUGAGCCGCUUCCUGCGCAGCAUGGUCAGGCACAGGGGAUUUGUUUGGACUUACGAUGUGAUCAUUCUGAUAAAUGCCAUCUUCAUUGCUCUGGAUGAGGAAACCCCUUAUGUUUCUUAUGCAGAGUGGGUCUUCCUCGCUUUGUAUAUAAUUGAGAUACUCCUGAAAGUGUACACUUAUGAACCAAGGGCGUUCUUUGGCAAAAAUCAGUUCUGGAACUGGUUUGAUACCCUCAUCAUCUUUGCUGCCCUGACUGCAACGAUACUCAAUACCACCCUGAAAUCGACCACAAAAUACAACAGCCAGCAGAUUCUGGACAUUGUCUUCAUCUUAAGGGUCCUCAGGCUAAUAAGGAUUGUUGACAGCAUUCAAAGGUUCCGGGUCAUCAUGAACACACUGAUAAACAUCGUGCCAACAAUGUUGACAUUUGGUGGGCUGACUCUGGUUGUGUACUGUGUAUUUGCCAUCGUUGGCAUGGAGUUAUUCCAUGGGAAAAUCCAGUUCUUCCCUGCAAACUCGAAUGCUCCUCACGCCCUGGAAUGUGGGAACCCAUCCCUCAAGGAUUCUCUGUUUGCCCGUGGAAAAUACUGCAAGAACAACUUCAACAACUUUGCAUCAUCCUUCAUUGUCCUGAUGGAGCUCACUGUAGUCAAUCAGUGGCAUGUCUUUGCUAAUGGAUUUGCCAAUGUGACUGCUCAGCCUGCGAAGCUCUAUUUCAUUGCCUUUCAUAUUGUGAUGGUGAUAAUCAUUGUCAAUAUCUUUGUGUCAUUCAUUUUGGAAGCGUUCUUUGUGGAGUACUCUCUAGAGAAGAGUGAAGUAGAAACAGCCAUUGAACAGAAAAUCCAGGAGCUGGGAAUGGGAGUUCAAGAGGAUGAGCUCCGGGAUGAGCAGCUGCUGGAGAACAUGGAGAGCACUGCACACAGCCUUGAGGUGGAAGGGGGAACAAAGCCCCCUGCAAAAGGGCUGGUGUUUAAAAUUGCCUCCAAACGGUACAGGACAGUUGAUGCUCUGCUCCAGCGUAUGUUUGAGGCAGAGAUACCCCUUGAGGAUGAAGGCCCUUCCUUUGAAGAGAUCUUGAACUUGUCCCCUGCUGCUCCUGUACCCAGUAACCUGACGUCUGAAAGUGUGGCAUGACAAGGUGACCCAGAGUAGUGGCACAGGAGGAUCUGAUCCU